AUGGUUCACGUCAGUUUCUACAGAAACUAUGGGAAGACAUUCAAGAAGCCACGUCGACCAUAUGAGAAGGAGCGUUUGGAUGCAGAGUUGAAGCUUGUUGGAGAGUAUGGGCUCCGUGCUAAGAGGGAGUUAUGGAGGGUUCAGUAUGCCCUGAGCCGUAUCCGUAAUGCUGCAAGAAUGCUUCUCACAUUGGAUGAAAAGAACCCACGGCGAAUUUUUGAAGGGGAAGCCCUUCUCCGCAGGAUGAACAGGUAUGGUCUUCUGGAGGAGAACCAGAACAAGCUCGAUUAUGUCCUGGCCCUCACUGUUGAGAACUUCCUUGAGCGCCGCCUGCAGACCAUUGUGUUCAAGGCUGGUAUGGCAAAGUCUAUUCACCAUGCACGUGUGCUCAUCAAGCAGAGGCACAUUAGGGUUGGAAGGCAGGUUGCCAAUAUUCCAUCUUUUAUGGUGAGGGUUGACUCCCAGAAGCACAUUGAUUUCUCUCUCACAAGUCCGUUUGGAGGUGGUCGUCCUGGAAGAGUGAAGAGAAAGAAUCAGAAGGCUGCUGCCAAGAAGGCUGCUGGUGGAGAUGGUGACGAAGAGGAUGAGGAAUGA